AUGAGCAAAGCAUUGUCUCAUAUUAGGAAGCAUGAAAACAACACACUUGAUAUGAUUUGCUCUAUAAAAAGGCCUCACAACACCCACACAUACACACACCACACUACAACAACAACACUCACAACACUGCACACUACACCUGGAAAUGCUCUCCAUUCUCAAACCCUGCUCCACUCCCCCUCCCCUUUCUCUCUCCUCAAGCUCGGCCUCCUCCGCCAUUACCCCGUCCAAACCAAGCUCCUCUCCCUCCUCUCCCGCUUCGGCCUCCUCCGCCACGCCUCCCUCCUCCUCUCCUCCCUCCUCGCCGACGCCCAUGACGACCUCCCCGACGAGCUCUACCGCACCCUCCUCAAGGGCUUCGCCGACCACGGGCCCCUCGACGCCGCGCUCGCCUUCUUCGCCGCCAUGGGCGCCGGCGCCCGCGGGGUCGUCUACAACUUCACCUACCUGCUCAAGAGCUGCGGCGACCACGGCGACCUCCGGCGGGGCCGCGAGGUCCACGCCCUGCUCGUCUCGCACGGGCUCGCCGCCGACCUGUUCGCCAUGACCGCGCUCGUGAACAUGUACGCCAAGUGCCGCCGCGUCGACGAGGCGCGCAGGGUGUUCGACGGAAUGCCGCGGAGGGAUCUGAUUGCCUGGAACGCGAUGGUCGCCGGGUACGCGCAGAACGGCCUCGCGGAGGCGGCUUUGCGGAUGGCGGCGCGGAUGCACGAGGAGGGCGCGGGGACGCGGCCCGAUUCCAUCACCCUCGUCUCGGCGUUGCCGGCGUGCGCCAAUGUUGGAUCCUUGAAGAUUGGGAAAUCCAUUCAUGGCUUCGCCGUGAGAGCUGGGUUUGAGUCCUUGGUGAAUGUUUCCACUGCUGUUGUGGACAUGUACGCAAAGUGCGGGGCGAUCGGGAUUGCGCGGGCGGUGUUCGAUAGAAUGCCGGCGAAGAACAUCGUGUCGUGGAACGCAAUGAUCAAUGCAUGCGGGGAGAAUGGGGAUGCCGAAGAAGCUCUGAGGUUGUUUAAGAGGAUGUUGGGCGAAGGGUUGGAGCCGACGGACGUGACGAUGAUGGGGGCUCUCCAUGCUUGCGGUGAAUUGGGCGACCUCGAGGAGGGGAACCGUGUUCACGAGUUGCUAGCGAAGAAGGGAUUGGGGCUCGAUUCGUCGGUUGUGAAUGCGCUCAUCACCAUGUACGCAAAGUGUAAGAGGGCUGAUCUUGCAUACGAAGUGUUUGAGAAAUUGCCCGCAAAGACUUUAGUCUCGUGGAAUGCGAUGAUUUCGGGUUUCGCUCAAAACGGCCGCUCCGACGAUGCCGUUAAACUCUUUUGCAAGAUGCGAUCGGAAAACGUAACGCCCGAUUCUUUCACUUUUGUCAGCGUGAUUCCCGCCCUAGCUGACGUAUCAAUCUUAAGGCAGGCGAAAUGGAUUCAUGGUUAUGCUACUCGGUUGUAUUUGGACCGUAAUAUCUACGUGAUCACUGCUCUUAUCGACUUGUAUGCGAAAAGCGGAGGAGUAAAACUUGCGAGGAGGCUCUUCGAUUCGACCUGUGAGAGGCACGUAACGACAUGGAAUGCGAUGAUCGACGGCUAUGGAUCGCAUGGGUUUGGAAAAGCCGCAAUUGAGCUGUUCGAGGAGAUGAAAAGGAGCCCUGUGAGGCCGAAUGAGAUAACGUUUCUAUGCGUCCUAUCUGCUUGUAGCCAUUGCGGCUUAGUAAACGAAGGGAAAAAGUACUUUGCUAGCAUGAAAAAGGACUACGGGCUCGAGCCCGCGACGGACCACUGUGGUGCAAUGGUCGAUCUUCUCGGCCGAGCGGGAAAGCUCGAAAAAGCUUGGGAAUUUAUCAACAAAAUGCCGAUAAAGCCCGGAAUCAGUGUUUACGGAGCAAUGUUGGGCGCAUGCAAAAUACACAAAAAUGUGAAUUUAGGGGAGGAGGCUGCGAAAAGGCUCUUCGAGCUCGAGCCGGAAGAGGGCGGGUAUCAUGUACUCUUAGCAAAUAUAUACGCUAAUGCUUCUAUGUGGAAAGACGUGGCUCGAGUUAGAACUAUGAUGGAGAAGAAGGGGCUACAAAAAACGCCGGGGUGUAGCUUUAUUGAGUUCAAAAAUGAGGUCCAUACAUUCUAUUCUGGGAGUACGAAUCACCCGCAAGCUGAAAAAGUAUACAAGAGGCUAGACCGAUUAAUGGACGAGAUUAAAGAUGCGGGUUAUGUGCCCGAUACUGAAUCGAUACACGACGUGGAAGAAGAUGUGAAAGAACAGCUGCUGAAUACCCACAGUGAGAAGCUCGCUAUCGCGUUCGGGCUUAUAAAUACGAAGCCUGGGACGACGGUUCAGAUUAGGAAGAAUCUAAGGGUUUGCAACGAUUGCCAUAAUGCGACCAAGUUCAUAUCUAAGGUCACGGGGCGUGAAAUUAUUGUUAGAGACAUCCAGCGGUUCCAUCAUUUUAAGGACGGUAUCUGUUCGUGUGGCGACUAUUGGUAGUUAAGGACAAGUUCCCGCAUGCUUCUUCCGGUUACAGCCCCAGGGUUUUGACUUAUUCUUCUUUCCACGAAGGCCGAAUUUGAGAUCCGAGUAAACAGGAAUGACCGACGGAAGCAGUAAUUGUGGCUCACCGCAUCAUGCGGGCCGCACAAAUCACCAAAUUGGCCAAUCCGGUGCGAAACAUUCAGAUCGCUUCGCGACAGCGAAAAUCGGAUACUUGAUCUCUUCGCGGCAGCAGGAGUAACAAAGGUUUAGUCUUAGAUGUAGCUAUGCUGCAUCCGAUGUGCAGGAUGAUUCUUCUUCUGUUCCAAUUGACGUUGUGGCCGAUGUGAAAACUGAGAAG